UCUAUUCACACAAUCAUGACUAUAUAAUUGCCGCCUCAGUUGACCCACCGCCGGCGCCCUGACCUACUCCGAUCUCAAUCUAUACUGUGUUCUUCUUCCGAUCGGUUUCGAUUUUUUUCCGACGAGAAGAGAUUGGAGAAAGAAUCGUCUGCCGUCGAUUUCACGGCGGCGGCGUUAAGGCGUUUUUCCGGUGAGACCUGUGGUAUGAAAAGUUUGAUUUUCUUUCAGGGAAAAAGCUAAAGGGUUAGCUAUGUCGGUGAAUUUUUAUUGAUUAUUGUCAGUUCUCGCUUUUUGGAAUUCCUAUUUGGAAAGUGCAAUUGGGUGUAAAGUAGAGAAAGAAAUUGAGUUAGACUAGUUUUUUCAAAACUAAUUCUCAAGAUAUCUAUUGAUUGUGAGAAAAAGGUAGUUCCUCGCCAUGAUUGGUAUUUCUAAGUUCAUUAGUUAGAUAGAGUAGUGAUCUGGUGAAAAUUGAAUACCUUGUAUUAAUACUAAGUAUCGAAAGUUAGAAACCUUGGGCAGGGGUGGGCUGUGGUUAAAGAAGAAUAUGGGUUCAUUCAAAGGGCAUGUUUUGCCAGGGACAUUGUUUCUUGUGGUAGGAAUAUGGCAUGUUUGGUGCUCGAUAAUGAGGUAUGUAUCGGAUCCAAAAUCUUUUCGUGUGCGGAUAUGGAAUCCAGUUCCUGGUUUUGAUGGGAGGCUUAGGUACUUGGAGCUCUAUGUGAUUGUGGUAGGCGGUUUCAUUGAUUUAUGCAUAGAGUUUCUGUAUUCAACACAUCUCAAGUUUAUUGUUAAUGGAGAAUUGAAUCCAUCACACAUGAACAACUUCGAGCACUCUGGAAUGCUGCUUAUGUUCUUCCUUUUUGGUCUUAUUGCGCUGCUCUCAGAAAAGACACGCUUCCUUCCCUUACCAGAAGGCGCUCUAUGCUGCAUCGCCUCGGCAGCAUUCACCGCCGAGUAUCUCUUAUUCGAAUUCCACUCAACGACGCACACAGGGCUCGAGGGCUACUACCAUUACAUCCUCGUCCUCCUCAUAGGCCUAUGCAUAUUAUCAGCCAUAGCCGGAGCUGUGGUGCCGACGAGUUUCCCGAUCGAUUUGUGCAGCGGGAUUGCUAUAACUCUUCAGGGGCUUUGGUUCUGGCAAACUGCAUUCACUUUGUAUGGCGGGAUGAUGCCCGAUGGCUGCCGGCUCCAUGAGAAUGAAAUCGCGUGUAGCUCGAAUCAGCAUGAAGUUCGGGGCGAACUUCUGGCGAAUCUCCAGCUGUUUGGUUUGGUGUUCGGCGUUCUUGGUGCUGUUGCCGGUUUGUAUGUUCUUGCGGAUGGUAAGUUUGGUCGAUUUGAUCGUGUGAGUUCGCGCGAGCUGGAUGGUUAGCCGAGACGAGGCUCGACUGCCAUGACUAUGCGCUCUCUCUCUCUCUAGAUAUAUAUAUAUAUAUGGAAAAUUGCAAAAAUUAUCUCAUAUAUGUAUACCUCAUUAUAUUUUUAUCUUGUAUUUAUCUCGUUGAACGUGCCUAAAUGACAGAAAUAAUGACUUUUGCAAAUAGAAUAUAUUUUGUCAACGAGAUAAAUACAUGACAAAAGUGAUAAUGGGGUAUACAUAGGGAAUAUUUUUUGCAAUUUUUUGGAUAUAUACAUAUAUAUAUAUAUAUAUAGAUAUAAAUAUAUUGAAGAUUGAGAACAUAAUGUGCUGAGGCGAUGAAGUAGAAAGUGAAGAGGUGAAGGUAAAAUCUCCAUUUUUGCAGUGUUAAGAGAGCUUUAUGUAGUUUUCCAUAGGUAAGAAUCAGAGUCAAUACUAUGACUACACAAAAAGCUGUUAAUGUGUGUAUCACUAUGGUGAUUGGAUUUUUGUAAUGUCGCACCAAAUAAUCAAAUUUUGAUCACUUCA